GCCAGAGAAGAGCGAGAAGGCAGAGGUUCCCUUCGAUUCUGAAUCUCGCGCGAUAUUUCGGCUUGCUAGCAGCGCAGCAUUCACAUGUUGUUGCAAUACCAGACGAUCCCGCUUUUCAGCGCUGGGUGCGGACCGAGGCCCGUGUUCGGACGAUGAAUGUGCUGCUCGCCCUAGACUCAGCCAUGGGAAUCUUCAACAACGUUCCUCCUCGCAUCAACUACUGCGAAAUAGAUCUUCAGCUACCAUGCCAUGCUGAAUAUUUCGAAUUGUUGAGCUAUGCAGAUAUGCUACAACGAGGUUUAUUCCCUCGUCCGCGGAUGAAGUUGAUCGAAGCUUUCCAGAAACUAUUCGUCCAUCCGGGCGAGCUUAGAGCGGCAUAUCAGAACAAGAAUUUGUGUUGUUGGGACAUGUUCUACCUCAUCCACGUUCUGUAUACCCACUGUUGGCAGCAUCUCUUUGGAAACCCACUCAAUCGGAUAUCGUCCACUCCGCUGGCUUCGGAACCGCAUCUGGUGUACGAGCCGAUGAAGACUGCCCUGGCAAACUGGAAGGCUCUCUGGGAUGAUGUCUGCGCGAAACUGUCCCGCACAAACGUGAGCGAGAUGGGUUUUGAAACUUCGGCCGACAGUUACUGGACACUUGUCAGAAGGAUUGUUCUGAAAUUCGAACACAGAAACAGUGCCAGCAGCGCCGCCAGCACCAUAAAUGGAGCCGCUACUAACUCUACCAGUGGUUCGGCGCACAUAGAGGCAGGAACCAGUGACGAUGGGAUGAGUGAGUCGAGCACCAACGGUAGGGCGGCAGGAGGACUCAGUCCUAGCUUGGACUUUAUGCCCCUCGAGGCAGAUUGCGACAGUCAAGGCGCCCACUUGAGGAAGAUCCUGCAAGAGUGAUUGUAAGGUGAUAAUACUUCAAGUACCACACUCGGUGGAACUUAAAGAUCACUAAACGCCACAAGGCGUGACGGUGAAAACAGAGACGAUGUCAUUAUUCGAGGAUGAGACUUAAUGCAAAUUUGAAC